AUGCGUCUGGCAGGCCGCCCUCGCUCCUUUCCUCCCCGAAGUUUCACCGCGGCGUGCAGGCGUGAGCGGGCGCCCCCAGCACUUAGAAGAAAUGGAGCAAGAGUCACAAAAUGAAGAACCUGCUGAAAUUAAGAUUAUCAGGGAAGCAUACAAAAAUGCCUUUUUAUUUGUUAAUAAAGGUUUGAAUACAGAUGAAUUAGGGCAGAAAGAAGAAGCAAAGAACAACUAUAAGCAAGGAAUAGGACACCUUCUGAGGGGAAUCAGCAUUAUUACAACAGAGCCUCAACACACAGGCCCCGGAUGGGAAUCUGCUAGACAAAUGCAGCAGAAAAUGAAAUAAACACUACAGAAUGUACGCGCCAGGUUAGAAAUUCUAGAGAAGGGUCUUGCCACCUCCCUACAAAAGGAUCUUCAGGAAGUAUCCAAGUUACAGCCAGAAUUUCCACCUAAAGACAUGUAUGAAAAGUCAAGAGAGCCUCAGUCCUUUAACUCACCUCAGCAUACUGAAAUAAAUGAUAACACAGCAACUACCAGUUCAGGACCUACUGUUGCACCAUCUUCUCCAGCCUUACCAUCUCCAAGCUGUCCAUCAGGAGCUCCUCCUGCUUAUACUCCUCAGGCUGCAGAGGGUCACUACACUGUGUCUUAUGGAACAGAUUCUGGUGAAAUUUCGUCAGUUGGAGAAGAUUUCUAUGCAAGUCAUUCUCAGCCACCUCCUCUUGAGACAGGGAUGGAUGCAGAUGAAUUGAUUUUGAUACCAAAUGGAGUACAGAUUUUUUUUGUAAAUCCUGCCGGGGAGGUCAGUGCACCUUCGUAUCCUGGGUACCUUCGAAUUGUGAGGUUCUUGGAUAAUUCUCCUGAUACAGUUCUAAACCGCCCUCCUGGGUUUCUUCAGGUUUGUGGCUGGUUGUACCCUCUGGUUCCUGAUAGAUCUCCAGUUCUCAAAUGUUCUGUGGGAGCCUACAUGUUUCCCGAUACAAUGUUACAAGCAGCAGGAUGCUUUGUGGGUAUGGUCUUAUCCUCUGAGCUACCAGAAGAUGAUAGAGAACUCUUUGAGGAUUUAUUAAGACAAAUGUCUGACCUUCGGCUCCAGGCCAACUGGAGUAGGGCAGAAGGAGAAAAUGAAUUUCAAAUCCCUGGAAGAACAAGACCCCCCUCUGACCAAGUGAAGGGAGUCUCUGGUAGUGAUGUGAGUCAGUUGGACCCUUCAUUGGGCCAAGGCAACAAGACUGUGCAUCAUAAAGGAAAACAUAAGAAAAAGACUAAAGAUACUUCAAAUGAAGAAGUUAAUCUGAGUAACAUUGUACCCUGUGAGCCAGUUUCAGAAGAAAGAGCAAAAGAAUUACCUGAAUGGAGUGAGAAAGUGGCUCAAAACAUUUUGUCAGGUGCUUGCUGGGUGAGUUGGGGUUUAGUCAAAGGUGCUGAGUUUACUGGCAAAGCAAUCCAGAAAGGUGCUUCCAUACUCCGAGAACAGAUUCAGCCAGAAGAGAAACCAGUGGAAGUUAGUCCAGCUGUCUCCAGGGGACUUUAUAUAGCCAAGCAGGCUACAGGAGGAGCAGCCAAAGUCAGCCAGUUCCUAGUUGAUGGAGUCUGCACUGUAGCAAAUUGUGUUGGAAAAGAAUUAGCUCCACAUGUUAAGAAGCAUGGAAGCAAACUUGUUCCAGAAUCUCUUAAAAGAGACAAAGAUGGAAAGUCUACCCUGGAUGGUGCUAUGGUUGUUGCAGCAAGUAGUGUUCAAGGAUUUUCAACUGUCUGGCAGGGAUUAGGAUGUGCAGCUAAAUGCAUUGUUGACAAUGUUUCAGCUGAAACAGUACAAACCGUCAGAUACAAAUACGGGCAUAAUGCAGGAGAAGCUACACAUCAUGCAGUGGAUUCUGCCAUCAAUGUUGGUGUAACUGCCUAUAAUAUUGACAACAUUGGUAUUAAAGCAAUGGUGAAGAAAACUGCAAAACAAACAGGGCAGAAAAUCCUUGAAGACUAUCAAAUAACUGAUGAUUCUCAGAGGGAAGGUGAAGGAGGAACAUCAAAUCCAAAUGUGAGAAAACAGAAAAAUGAAAAAGCAGCAAAGAAGGAAGAUAAAUGAUGGAAGUAGCAGAAACUACUUGUACCAAAGCCCUACCAAAUGGAAGAAAUUUUGUAAAAUAAGCAAAUGUGGAAUUCUUCACAGAUUAACCAGUAUUUUUUUUUAAUGUAUUCAUUACGAUUUAAAUGACUGCCAUAAGCAUUCUGGCAUAUAUUCCAUUUACAAGGAAAACAAUCAGCAUUCUUGCAUCUAGUCUUCACAAAUAAUGAAAUUAUAUUCUAACUGUGUUUAUUUUUGCCUUAAAAUGUGGCUGAAAUAUUUUUGUAGUUAAA